CCGCGAAUUGCAAACUUCCUUUUUAUGUCUGUGUUGAUUUGCCGUUUUUACAGCAUUAAAUCGACCAUAACACUCGCAUUUUCAUAAAAUUCAAGGCAGUAUGAGCAUAGAGCAGUCGGCUGAGACCCACAGUAGUGUAAAUACGUGUGCAGUUUCGACGCCGGAAGGGAACGAUGUCAAGAAAGCAGCGCUGAAAAGAACUCCAUAUUCAAAGUUUAAGCGAGUACACUCCAACUUCAAAUCACCUCUUCAAGUAAGUGAGAGUGCUAAAGUUAGCCCUGCAGAGGAGGUGGCAGAGCUGGAGAGAAGAAGAGAGCAGCUGGACGCAGAGAUAGCACAGCUGGAGGCUGAAGGAUGCAGAGUAGAGGAGCUGGAGCGUCAUAUUGACAUGCUGCAUGAAUACAAUGACAUCAAAGACAUUGGACAGUCACUCCUGGGUCGUAUUGCUGCUGUGAGGGGGACCACCACACGAGAUCUCUACAGCCACUUUGGUCUGGAACUGGAUGACUGAAGGAAAAAAAUGAAAUUAAAGUGGUGAGAGUGGUUCCUCAGCUGAAGGGGAGAGGGGCUUAAAGAGUAAAGACCAAAGAACUUUUAGAUAGGAGGACGGAUUUGGACUAAGAUUUGACUGGAGGAAAUGGGUUUACCUCCACCGCCUACUUCAGACGGAGCAGAGGUUUGACAGUUUUUUUGGUGAUUUUGUUUUCACCUCUAUACAGAUAGAGAUUUCAAAAGUAGGACUGAGCAUGAUAGGAGGAGAAUCACGCGGGCCCUGCAGGCAGGCACGGCAUUUAACAGGCCAUCUACCCUAAAUUGCUAACUUAAAGCUUUGUUUUGUUCGGACAUUGAAGCUUGUGUAAAUUUACGUUUAGAUGAAGUUAUGCGCAAUGGCUGCAUGAAUGUAAAUUACAUUUCUGACUUAAUUUACAGGAAAAAAAAAGGGAAUGCUGGAGUUUUAACUUAAAGUGUAAAGUAUAAUGCACUAGCUCCUAUCAUAAUGUGCCUUGUACGCUGACAAAAAAAUGCAAUAAAUAAGGCACUCCAACCAC